UAUCCCACCUCUACCGCAAAUCGCAUUCUCCCAUCCCCUUCCAUUGUUCCCAAACCACACCUUACUUAACCUUCUCUCUAUUUUCUUAUCUUCUUUUUUCAUGUGUGAGAGAUUUUCCAACACUAGAAUACAAGCAUGAGUUGCAACGGUUGCAGAGUUCUUCGAAAGGGUUGCAGUGACUCAUGUAUUUUGCGACCUUGUUUACAAUGGAUCGAAACCCCUGAAGCUCAAGGCCACGCCACUGUUUUCGUAGCCAAAUUCUUUGGUCGCGCUGGUCUCAUGUCUUUCAUUUCCAACGUCCCUGAAACUCAAAGACCAGCUCUCUUUCAGUCUCUACUGUUUGAAGCGUGCGGAAGAACGGUUAACCCUGUUAACGGUGCCGUCGGACUUCUCUGGACUGGAAACUGGCACGUGUGCCAGGCAGCGGUCGAGACGGUUCUUCGAGGCGGCAUGCUUAGGUCGUUACCGGAGCUUACUACUCUGGACGCGCCUCCUGUCGCCGCUGACGAGGCAUCGGAGGCGGAAGAUGCCGGCACGGAUGUUAUUUUGAGGAUUCGAGAUCCGAAUCAGAAUUUCCGGCUAGCGAACUCGCGAUCUAAUAAUAAGGUUUAUGCCGGUGGAAAACGCCGGCGAUCGGAGGAGGGUGUGAAUAUUCCGGCGGCGAUUAAUCUUGAUCUCCGGUUGACGCCGAUUUUCCUGCAGAAAGCGUCGGAGAAUCGUCGGCCUGGAUCGCCGUCGAUGACGUCGGAAGAAUCGGUGACGACGACGGUGUGUUUGGAGGCUGGGAUCGGAGAUCCAUGGACUCACGGCGGUGAUCGGAAAGUUCUCAACCUUUUCAUAUGAGGACUCUCUGUUUUUGUGUAGCGCGUGUUUGUCACGUGCGUGUUGUAACCUGUCUUUAUUUUGCUUACAAUACUCGUUGUGGUGAAGAGAGAGGGAUAAACGGUUUUGUAGUUCGUCGAGUUUUCGUGAGUUACCGGUUCAGGAUUUCUCAAGAGAGAAAGAUGAUGGUUCGUCGGUGAUUUGUUUUUUCAUUUUUUUUUUUUUUUUUGUUUUUCUGUCAAAUAUGAGAUAUGUGUAAACUUGUAACCGUCGAAAAUUAAUAAAUUAAAUAAAGAGUAGUUUUUUUAUAUUUAGUGA